ACACUUAAGGACUUCUUUCUCUCCCUUCCUCUACCCCCACGAUUAUAAUCAAAGAGGAAAGGGAUAGAAACGAAGAAGUUUCUAACCCUAACGGCCUAACCCUCCAAUUCGUCGAAUCUUGCAAACUUAUACACAAUUACCAUUUGCUCUAUUCCUCAACUCCAAGGGAAAUUGCAUCUCUAUCUUUUCUGAAUUUGGGGGAGCCGAGGAAAUAAGUAUUGCGAGUGAAAACUCAAGUGUCUUUACCCCCAAAGUUGGAUCUUCCAAAAAAUUGAAGGAUAUUUGAAUGGCUGCUAUGACUACAGCUUCACCUGGGCCACGCUAUGCACCCGAAGAUCCAUCGUUACCGAAGCCAUGGAAAGGGUUGGUGGAUGGGAGAACUGGAUAUCUCUACUUUUGGAAUCCAGAGACUAACGUCACACAGUAUGAGAGGCCUGUUUCAAGGCCUUUAUCAGGUUAUAUAAGUUCUUUGGCGGAAGUUCAGCAGUCCUCUAAACGUAAGGACGCAUAUAAUGCUGAUGAUGAUAAAUAUGUUAAAGUUGCCAAUGGAGAAAAGAGUCAACAGAUGGUCAGAAGUGGAAGUACUCCGAAUGAAGCAGUUGUGGGUUCCACUCCACAGCAUGAACCUGUGGACGCAGUUUGUGGUCUAUCAGCUGAAGCUUAUCGUCAUCGGCAUGAGAUAUCUGUUUCUGGAGAUAGUGUGCCCCCACCAUUUACAACCUUUGAAGCUACUGGUUUCCCUUCUGAGAUCCUGAAAGAGGCACACCAGGCUGGUUUUUCUGCUCCUACUCCUAUUCAGGCACAAUCAUGGCCAAUUGCACUACAAGGUCGAGAUAUAGUUGCGAUUGCUAAGACUGGUUCUGGAAAGACCUUAGGCUACCUACUUCCAGGUUUUAUGCAUCUCAAAAGGUGCCACAACAAUUCACGGAUGGGACCAACCGUGUUGGUUUUGUCACCGACAAGGGAAUUGGCGACACAGAUUCAAGAUGAGGCUGUGAAAUUUGGGAGGUCUUCUAGAAUAGCUUGCACGUGCUUAUAUGGAGGAGCACCCAAAGGCCCACAAUUGAAGGAGUUGGAUAGAGGAGUUGAUAUAGUGGUAGCUACUCCUGGUCGCUUGAAUGAUAUACUUGAGACAAGGAGAAUUAGCUUGAAUCAGGUCUCCUACUUGGUGCUUGAUGAAGCAGAUCGUAUGCUGGACAUGGGUUUUGAGCCACAAAUCCGAAAAAUUGUAAAGGAGGUUCCCAAUCGCCGCCAAACUCUGAUGUACACCGCAACAUGGCCUAAAGAGGUCCGGAAGAUUGCGGCAGAUUUAUUGUCAAGUCCUGUCCAAGUUAAUAUUGGUAAUACAGAUGAACUCGUUGCUAACAAGUCUAUCACACAGUAUGUGGAAGUGCUCACCUCUAUGGAAAAACAAAGACGAUUGGAGCAGAUUUUGAGAUCCGAAGAACCAGGAUCAAAGAUCAUCAUCUUUUGUGCGACUAAAAAGAUGUGUGAUCUUCUUACUCGUAACUUGUCACGUCAAUUUGGAGCAGCUGCAAUUCACGGUGACAAGUCCCAGAGUGAACGAGACCAUGUGCUAAACCAGUUCCGAACUGGCAGAUCUCCUGUACUGGUUGCUACAGAUGUUGCAGCCCGUGGUUUGGAUAUAAAAGACAUAAGGGUGGUAGUAAACUAUGACUUUCCUACAGGAAUUGAGGACUACGUUCACAGAAUUGGAAGAACUGGAAGAGCAGGUGCAACUGGAUUGGCGUAUACAUUCUUUGCUGACCAGGAUAGUAAAUAUGCUUCUGAUCUUGUUAAGAUUCUGGAAGGAGCAAAUCAAAAAGUUCCGCAGGAAGUCCGUGAUAUGGCGCUCCGAGGUGGUGGCAUGGGCAGGUCUAGACGUCCAUGGGGUUCUGGCCCUGGCGGUCGGGAUGGAGGCCGAGGUGGGAGAAGCGAAUUGAGUUAUGGUGGCAGGGAUGGAGGAAGGGAUCGUGAUAGAUAUGAUCGAGGAUACAAUGGUAGUUAUGAUGGCGAUACUCGUGGGAAGUAUGAUAGAGGUUAUCAAUCCAAGUUUAUUCGGAGUGGGGAAGGGGAUAGAGGCCGCAGUCCAAGCCCAAGUGGUCAGAAGGCAUGGGGUGGGACGCAAGUGAAGAAUCAGGGCGGGAACCUUAGGAAGAGUAGAAGCCGUAGUCCUGAGAGGCUAAAUCAUGGUCCACCUGGACGGAGUUUUCAUGAAAUGAUGAUGGAAAGGGCUCGCUCUUCCCCUCCAAAGCAUCAGCAAAAAUCUUCAGCUGCUGAGUAUGGUAAUGGCCAGUCUGAGUGGGGGAAAUCAGUUGCCAACACUGAAGCUGUUGGUGCGAACCGAUCUUAUUGCGGGGAGGAGGUAGAAGAGGAAGGCGACAUUCCUCCCAAUGAACAUGUGUGAAAAGUUUGUGAAGCUAACUUGCAAUAUUUUUGUGGUUGGGUAUGGAUUACUAUGAGGAUUAAGGCAUGCCAGAAUCCGUAUGGGACCUAAGUUAUUCGUGCAACUGUUGUGUGCUAUGGCGGCAUUCACUCAACUGCAUUCCCUGAUUUACUGUCAGACUUGUUGUGUAAUAUGAAGUGAGUGGUAUGGCACAAAUGCGGAUUCUGUGUGCUUGUGCAAGUUUAAAGUGGUGUAAGAUACUAAGAUGAAUUUCUACUGUAUUUGUAUAGACAAGCUUUAAGGGAGGCACUUUGAGCUCCAAGUAAGCAUGUCAAUUUUUUGGGGUGAUCUAUCAACUAUUUUAGCUGUUGUGCCAUUUUGUGGGCGCUUAGAUACCAGACAUGCAGGAAACUUCAAGAUAUCAUGUAAUUGAAUUGAAUCCCCAUUGCCUCUCUUCGUUCUCUAA